CUAUUAUUGUGUGUGACGCAUCAAGGCAGCGCUGCUAUCACUCCAUUCGAAUUAUGAUCGAUCGAAAACUUUCAAACAAUCAUCAUUUAUUGGAUAUUUCUCUUAUUUUUGGUUCUUGUUAGAUCAUGAAUUUCUUCCGCAACCGUUUGGUGGUUUUGGGGCUGGUUUUACUGGCCACAGUCCUGCUGUAUCUGCUGCUACCCUCCAUGCGGCAGGGUAGUAUGGAGCCGUCAUUGGAGGUACAGCAGCGGAUGGGUUUGAGCGCCGCUUCUCCGCCUCCACCGCCGCCGUCCAGCACCAACAUCACGGUGAGGACCGGACAGCUUCCCGGAGACCCACCGCUCUUCUUCAGGGAGGCUCUGCCUGUGGACAGCGCUGGAAGACAGAUACUUCCCAGGCUUCAGAUGGUGCUGCUUCAUGGCCAGGCCUUCACCUCAAAAACCUGGGAGGAACUGGGCACCCUCGGCCUGCUGGCCACCAACGGGUAUCAAGCCCUGGCACUCGACCUACCUGGUUUCGGGAACUCUCCAGACUCUGAGUCGGUAAAGUCGGAUCAGAGCCAUGUGGCUCUUCUGAAGCGGUUUCUGGAAGCUCUAGGUGUCAGAGCUCCAGUGUUGCUGAGCCCGUCCAUGAGCGGUCAUUACGCCAUGCCGUUCCUGCAGAGACAUAGCGCACAGCUGCGCGGCUUUGUGCCUAUUGCUCCUGUGGGCACCCGCGCAAUCACCCCACAGCAGUACCGGGACAUACAGACACCAACGCUGAUCGUAUAUGGUGAGUUGGACACCAAUCUGGGUGCCCAGUCCCAUAAGAACCUAAUUCAGCUGCCUCAUCACACCGUGGUGAAGCUGGAGGGAGCUCGACAUGCCUGCUACAUGGACAAACCCCGCGAGUUCCACCGUGCCCUGCUUGACUUCCUCAGCAAACUCGACUGAGUGAUGGAGCAAGAGCGAAAGGAUACAAAGAGUGUGUGCAUAAGACUUUGAAAAAGAAAGAGAGAAAAUCAAUUGUUUAGAAAACAAAAACAGAACAGUUGCAUAGCUGAAGUAUAAAAUCAGACCUGAACUCUGUAGCCACGACACCUUUUAUAUUUUAUGGAGAUUGGUCAAACAUUCUAUUAGCCAUCCACAUCAACUCACCAGUAUUGUUUCACUUUGUGCACCAUCAAGUUAAACAUUACAAUUACAGUUUACAACAAACAAAACCUUAGCAGUCUUACAAAGGGUUGUUCCUGUAACAUUGUUGCCAUGGUUACAGGUCUCAGUGUUGAUCCUGUUGUGUAGAAGGACACAAUGCUUGAGUUCACCCUCUCAAAUGUCAGAACCCUCCAUUAAUACACUGUAGCCAUGGUUUCCUGUCUGAUAGAUGUUCCUGUUACACAGUUGCCAUGGUUUCCUGUCUGAUAGAUGUUCCUGUUACACAGUUGCCAUGGUUUCCUGUCUAAGGUUUGGCCUUGUAACUCUGGUGCCAUGGUUUCCUAUCGAAGAUGUUUUCCUAUGAUGGUGUUUCCAUGGUUUCCGGUCUGAAGGUUGUUCCUGUGUAUCCACAAUGUAUCCAUGGUUUUAUAUCUGAGCGUUGUUUCCGCAAUGCUGUUGGCAUGGUUUCCAGUCUGGUGGUUUUUCCGUAAAGCCAUUUCCAUGGUUUUUGCUCUGAAGGUAGUUCCUGUAAUGGUGUUGCCAUGGUUCCUGGUCUGAGGGUUUUUCCAUAAAGCUGUUGCCUUGGUUUGUGGUCUAAAGGUUUUUUCUGUAAAGGUGUUGCCAUGGUUUACGAUCUGAGGGUUGUUUCUGUAAAGGUGUUGCCAUGGUUUACGAUCUGAGGGUUGUUUCUGUAAAGGUGUUGCCAUGGUUUACGAUCUGAGGGUUGUUUCUGUAAAGGUGUUGCCAUGGUUUACGAUCUGAGGGUUGUUUCUGUAAAGGUGUUGCCAUGGUUUACGAUCUGAGGGUUGUUUCUGUAAAGGUGUUGCCAUGGUUUACGAUCUGAGGGUUGUUUCUGUAAUGGUGUUGCCAUGGUUUACAAUCUGAGGGUUGUUUCUGUAAUGGUGUUGCCAUGGUUUACGAUCUGAGGGUUGUUUCUGUAAAGGUGUUGCCAUGGUUUACGAUCUGAGGGUUGUUUCUGUAACACAAUGUUUCCAUAGUUUUAAAUCUGAGCAUUGUUCCAUAAUGCUGUUGCCAUGGUUUCUGCUCUGAGGGGUUUUCUAUAAAGCUGUUUCCAUGGAUUCAGAUCUGAAGGUUGUUCCUGUAAUUAUGAUGCCAUGGUUUUAUAUCUGAGAGUGGGUUCUGUAUUGUUGUUGCCAUGGUUUACAGUAUGAGGGUUAUUCUGUAAUGUUGUUGCCAUGGUUUCCGGUCUGAAGGUUUUUGCUGUGAUGGUAUUGCCAUGUAGGGCUGGGCAUGUAUCAAAUAUUUAUUGUCUUAUAAUCUUGAUUUUGCUAGCAAUACAAAAUAAAGCAGUAUCACAAUGAUUUUAAUGCACUUUUUAUUUUGACAUUAUGUUUCCCAAAGACUAAUUUAGAAUAAUAAACUUGACUGGAAAUUAAUUAAUAAAAUUCAACAGGGUUCACAAGUGAGUUAAGUUGUAUUUUUGGCACACCCUGUUCGUUCUCAAAAAUGUCGUUUUUAAAAAUGUAAGUAGGUUAAUAUUGCUUUUUUUUUUUUUUGGAUUGGUGAAUAUAUUAAUGAUAUGUUUUAUAUGAUUAAAAUGUUAUUCCUUGUGUUGAUUUACUGGAAAAACUGAAAUAUCAAGCCUUCAUUAUCUUUAACUAGAUUUUUAUUUCAUUAAACAUUUUGAAUCUACUUGGCAACAAUGGCCGUGUAAUUGAAAUGAUGUCUCUCCUGAUUUAAAAUUAACUUUCUUCCAUUUCUGAGCAAAUACGCAAGUAUCGAGAUAUAUAGACAAUAUCGAGAACGUCGUCAAUAGGCUGGUGAAUCAUUUUUUAAGCCAUAUCGCCCAGCCCUAUUGCCAUGGUUUCCAAUCUGAGGGUUGUUUCUAUAACACACUGUUGCCAUAAAAUAUAUUGCAGUCACUUAAUGGCCAAAACAAAAUCAAGGCUAUUACAACCCAAUGUUGUAUAUCAAACAGAUUACCAUGUACCUGGAGUCUCCAAUGCUACAGGAAAAUCUCAGAGACUGUUGGAAAAUGGCACCCUUUUCUUUUUAAUGUAAAAAUUCAUCUUCCUGUGUGUGAGAGAAGUCACGAGUUUUCACACCAGCAGCUGGCACAUACUGUAUUUACCAUCGAAUGUAGCAUGUGUGCAAGUCGCUGACUUGGUUUGUGGUUUUAGCGACUCAAACAUGGAAACAAAUUGUAGUUUUGGACGCCUCUCAUAGCUGUAGAUUCAGUUUGUCAUUGUAAAAAUGGUCUGUAGACUUUAUUCUUAUUAUUAUUAAAACAAGACCUGAAAAUGUUGGUGCCUCCCCUUUCCCCGGCCAUAAUGACAUAUUUAUUAUUUAUUGCAUUAAAGCUUUUACAUGACAAAAUGUAUUGUGUGUUGUAUUUAUGUGCUGUGGCCUGUUGUCUGUUUGUUUUAGCUAGAGAUCGACCGAUAUAUUGUUUUUUAAUGAUGAUACAAUACUGAUUAUUUUUGUGUGUGAUAACCAAUAUGCAUAACCGAUUUUUAAUUUUCAUUUUUGCUUUUUCUGCAACAACUUAAUAAUUUCUCACUAACCUCUUGUGAACUGCAUUACAAAAUUAAUAAUUCACAAAUGAUUCAAAUAAUUAAUUUGACUUGUUUAAGUUGCAAUAUAGUGCACUUGUUCAAAGUCCUUCAUUUAACCUAAUUAAUAUUGAAUAGUAUGUAAUGUCUUUUGUGACCAACAUUAUCGGUGCACCUGAUUAAGUGUAAAUAUCUGUUACAAUUAUCGGUCAAACUGAUCAUCGGUCUAUCUCUAGUUUAGCUUGUAAAUAUGAAUAUGUUGUAAGGAACAGUGAGUCACCAAUGAUCUGUAUAUAUUUCUGAAUCUUCAACUUGAAGGUAUUCUUCAUUGGGACUGAAUUCAGAUUCCUCUGUGCAUGGUGCUGCAGAACUGCUUUUGUUU